AUGUGCGGAAUCUUGGAAAUUCACGGGGAAGAGUUGGGGCCGAUUUUGAGCAGAGCACAGAAGAGAUGGCGUCUUGCUUUUAAUGCAGUCAGCACAAUCAGGGCCUUGCUCUCCGAGGGCAGGGGCAUCAUAGCUGUAGAGGUUUUGCGAGUUCCAUCUUUUACCGUGCUCGAUGUGGAGCCAGAUUACCCUGCUGGCAUAAACCAACCCGUCCUCAAACGGCUUGUUGAGGAGAAGGAUCUGGGCAAGCUUCUACAACUCGGUGGGGUUCAAGCUGUCCUCUCUGCGCUAGGAUCCCAUGCAGAGAACGGGAUCCAAGGCGAUGUUGGAGAUAUUGCAAGACGCCAAAUUAACUUUGGCUACAACUCCUCGAACCAAAAGCCGCCACCUGAAAAAAUGUUUCAUCUUGGGACGGGUGUUUUCUUGGAGGCGUUCAAGGAUCCCAUUAUUCUUAUCCUGCUUGUUUGUGCUGUGCUUUCGCUUGUCUAUGGGAUUAACAAGCAGGGAUGGGAAGGAGGCUCUAAUGGUGGAAGCAUUCUUGCUGCUCUCGCAGUAGUGAUCACUGUCUCUCUGUUUAACAACUUCUGGCUAACGAAGCAAUUCAACGACUUAUCCCAAGCCACGGAGAAUACCCUUGUUGAUGUCAGACGAAACGGACAGCUAAAAAAGAUCCCUAUAUUCGACGUCGUUGUGGGAGAUGUUGUUUCCUUGACGCAAGGGGAUCAAGUUCCUGCUCAUGGACUAUUGUUAGAAGCGGUGUCGGUGCUAAUUGAUGAAUCCAGCAUGACGGUUUGUCGUGAACCUGUGGAAGUCAAUCUCAAACACAACCCAUUCUUGAUUUCUGGCACCAAGGUCGUUGAUGGGUCAGCUCUGAUGCUUGCCACUUCAGUUGGCUGCAAGACAGAAGAGGAACAUGUUAUGAUACAGCGAAUAAGUUCGCCUUUACAAGCUAAGCUCAAGCAGCUGACUUUCUUUAUUGGCAUGGUCGGUGUAGCCGUUGCUUUCCUAGCUCUUUCAGUGUUGCUGGCUCGCUACUUCACAGGCAACAUGCACGACGAACAUGGAAAGAGACAUUUCACUGCUGGCAAGACGCAAUUCCGUCUUGUCUUCGAUGCCAUAAUCGGAAUUAUAGCGACCCCAGUUGCUAUAGCAGCGGCUGCAGUCCCAGAAGGUUUGUUGUUGGCUGCCACGGUUACUUUGGCUUACUCAACCAAAAGAAUGCUAGAACGCCAGGCUCUCGUGAGGGACCUUUCAUGCUUUGAGGCAAUGGGCUCCGUCAGUGUGAUCUGUACUGACGAAAGCGGCAUCUUGAUGUUAAAAUCCAUCAAGGUAAUGAAGUUUUGGCUAGGCCAAAAAUAUAUUGAAGAAGGGGCUUCAUCUUCAAUUGCACCAGAUAUUCUUGAACUGAUCCACCAAGGAGUUGGUUGGCCUGCAGUUCACCACCGCACCGGGUCCCUCUCGGAACUCUAUCAAAGAGCAUUUUAUGAAUGGGGAAUAAAAGAAAUGGGAAUGAAUAUUGAGAAACUACAGGAGGGCCAUAGAAUUAUCCCUGCAGAAGAAUCCUUCAGUUCAGACAACAAGGAAUCCAGUACCGUUUUUGUAAGGAAAGAGGCUCGAAACACUGUACACGUGCAUCAGAAGGGAGCACCAGAAGUAAUAUUACCUAUGUGUUCAAGCUAUCAUGACGAUACAGGUGACAUCAAAGUCAUUGAUGAUGAUGUAAGGGAGUUAUUGCAGCAAGCAAUUCAAGACAUGGAAAAUAGUGGUUUCCAGUGCAUUGCUUUUGCGCAUAAACAGAUGUCACAAGAAGAAGAAAACCAUGAAGGCAAUGAUGCAAAACUCUCCCAAGCAGUACUAGAAGAAAAUUCUUUUGCCCUACUGGCGCUAGUGGGCCUGAAUAACCCAUAUAUUGCAGCCAGAGAAGCUGUAAGCGAUUGCCUGAGUAUCGGAGUGAAUGUCAAAAUGAUCACAACAGAGGACGUGUCCACUGCCGAAGCUAUAGCAGCUGCAUGUGGUAUAAUUGAGGCAGGUCAGGGCAUUGCCACUGGCGAAGUAGUUGAAGGAAUGGAAUUUCAAAGCUAUGAACAUGAUGAGAGAAUGAAGAAAGUUGACAUAAUUCGUGUUAUAGCAAAAGCCUCCGAUGACGAUAAGCAUCUCAUGGUACAAUGCUUGCAAGAAAAAGGUCAUGUCGUUGCGGUUACUAGAGAUGAUUCAAAGGACAGAGCUGCUUUAAGAGCAGCCAGUGUAGGACUCUGUAUGGGGACUCAAGGUGCUGAUACGGCCAAGGAGAGCUCGAGUAUUGUGAUGCUAGAUGGCAAUUUAGCGUUGAUAGUUGAAGUUCUGAGGUGGGGGAAAGGCAUGUACAUCAAUAUCAGGACAUUCACUCAGUUCCAACUUACCAUCAGCAUCACUUCUUUGCUAAUUGACUUUAUCACCACAAUUUCAGCUGGUGAGCCCCCUACCAUCGACAUUGUGGCAGCCAUCUCUACUGGGAAAGUUCCGUAUGCAACACUUCAACUACUGUGGCUAAAGUUGAUUGUGGGCACACUGGCAGCUCUGGCUCUCACCAUAGAGCAGCCCACGAAGGAGGUCCUGCAUAAGCAACUUGUUCGCGGGACGACCACACCAUUUAUCACCAACAUCAUGUGGAGCAACAUGCUCGCUCAAGCUUCUUAUCAGAUAGCAGUCCUUCUAACCAUAUAUUUCGGCGGUGAAUCAAUUUUCAGUCUAACUGCGAAGGUAAGAGACACCUUGAUCUUCAAUACUUUUGUUUUCUUCCAUGUCUUUACAAUGUUCAAUGCAAGGAAGUUUGAAAAGAAUGUUCUUGAGGGAAUAAAGAGGAAAAGGAUCUUUUGGGGGAUUGUAGGAAUGAUCAUUCUUCUUCAGGUGGUGAUGGUAGAAUUCAUGAAAGAGUUUGCGGGUACAGAAAGGUUGUCUUGGGGACAAUGGACUGCAUGCUUUGGGACUGCAGCCGUCUCUUGUCCGAUUGAUUGGUUUGUAAACUACGUCCUUAAGCACGACACCAUGCUUCACUGCCAGGCCAGUCAUUGA